AUGAAACUCAUUCGUCGGUCUCUGGAAAAAGAUCAGAGUGGCACGAUCACUCUUUGUCCAAUGGACUCUGAGGAUAUGUGGUACAUAUACAAUCUUGUUCAGGUUCACGACGAGGUUGAGACGAAGACCAUGCGUAAAAUCGUGCCCAAGGGCAAAGAUGGUACCCCUAACGGUCCCAGCGUCCGGAAGCUGAUAAAACUAAAAGUUCGCAUUGAAAAGAUUGAUUUCGAUCCCGAGGGAAGUACUCUACGUCUGAAUGGUCCGGUUGUAGAUGACCACCCUGAAGUUAGUGCUGGUACUUACCACACUAUUCAGCUUGAGCUUGAACGCAAUUUUACCCUUUACAAGGACGAGUGGGAUGCAUUUGCUCUAGAGACAUUGGAAGAAGCAACAAGUGUGGCAAAUCGAAGCGAAAUCGGCGCAGUUGUUUUGCAGCCUGGUUUGGCGUAUAUUUGCUUGGUCACAGACGCUAUGACCGUUGUCCGACUAAAAGUGGAGAAAAGCAUUCCCCGGAAGCGAAGAGGCGAUAACUCGGCACAUGACAAGGCUAUGGAGAAGUUCCUUACUUCGGUAUCUGAGGGAAUCAAUCGAAAUAUCGACCUGGAUAAGGUCAAAGUGUUUCUUCUAGCAGCCCCAGGCAACUUGGGCACCGAUCUCUACAACCAUAUUGUUCACGCAGCUGUUUUGGCUAACGAUCAGAAAACAAUAAAGUCAAAGUCUAAAUUUUUGCGUGUGCACGCUUCGUCGGGCCAUUUACAUGCUCUCCAGGAGGCGCUGGCCGAUCCUAAAAUCCAACAACAAUUGCAAGAUACCCGAUACGGAAAGGAGACAGCUGCUAUGGACAAAUUCUUCAAAGCUCUUAAUGAUGACAAUGGAACAGCUUGGUACGGACCCACACAUGUCCAAGCGGCUAUCGAGCGAGGCGGGGUUCAAACCUUAAUGAUCACAGAUUCACUGUUCCGCUCGGUUGAUCCGGUGGAGCGAAAACAGUAUGUUGAAAUGGCAGAAAGCGUCAAGACUGCUGGAAAAGAUGUUCUUGUAUUCAGCAGUUUCCAUGCGAGUGGUGAACAACUAGACGAAAUGACCGGCGUGGCCUGCCUGACAUUCUAUCCUAUGCCAGAGCUCGAGGAGUUGGAAGAGUAA